AUGACGGGCCGCGAGGAGCUCUCGGAGGGCAAAGCCAAGGGAAACGCGCUGGCGCCCAGCAGCGCCUAUAGCCACGAGAAGGCGCGCUUGGGGAGCCCGGCCGGGACCGGCGGCUUGCGCUCCAAGGGCUUCGCCAUCACCGACCUCCUGGGCUUGGAGGCGGAGCUGCAGCCGCCGGCGGGCUCCAGCUGCGAAGGCAGCGGGCCAGCUGCCGGGCGAGGAGGCGGAGGCGCUCCCUUGCCGCUGGGCUUGGGCUUCCUGUGCGGCUUUGCCACCCAGCAGCCCGCCGGGGCGCCUCGUCUCCUGCCGGCGCACCUCCCCUUUCUCCAGCCUCGCUCGGAGCACCAGCAUCAGCAUCCCCGGUACGGGCCGGAAGCCGAGAAGCCCAAGUUGACCGUCUCCGAUGAAGACAGUUUAUCAGGAGACAAAAACAACCUGAAGGCAUCUGACUCUCAGAUCAAGAGAAAGAAACGACGUCACAGAACUGUGUUUACUGCCCAUCAGCUGGAAGAACUGGAAAAGGCUUUUAAUGAAGCUCAUUACCCUGAUGUAUAUUCCAGAGAAAUGUUAGCUAUGAAAACUGAACUGCCUGAGGACAGAAUACAGGUUUGGUUUCAGAACCGAAGAGCCAAGUGGCGGAAGCGUGAGAAAUGUUGGGGCCGCAGUAGUGUGAUGGCCGAAUAUGGUCUCUAUGGUGCCAUGGUGAGGCACUCCAUCCCACUUCCAGAAUCAAUUAUCAAUUCUGCUAAAAGUGGAAUGGUUGGUUCUUGUGCCCCUUGGUUGUUGGGAAUGCAUAAAAAAUCAAUAAAUAUUACAAGAAAACCUGAAAAUGAAGAAAAAGGAAAUGGCAUCUGGAAAUCUGAACAUCCCGAGGAGGAAUUCAAAUUUAAGCAGACAGAAUAUGAACGAAACCCCGCUAAUAAAUUAAUCUCAAUGGACAGUUCGGAAGAUAUUGCAAUUGAUCUCUCUAGUACGGCAAAACAGGAAAAGAAGAGUAGCAAUCUGAGUUUUGGUGGAGGCCCACAGACCAAAAUGAAAGAUGCUGAACACUAAAGACAAGGAGGGGUCACAAGACACACUGCUAACCAAACACUUAAGUCGGCCUCUUCAAUGCUCUGGCAAAAUAUGAGUAUUAUUGCUCUAUGCUUAUUUAUUAGUCUUUUUCAAGUGACUCAUUCACUUUACGUGCAAAGGGGACUUUCCUAGAUGGGAUAUAUCCAAGAUGUAAUUUAUUUUUACAACUUGAAAGCUGUGUAUUUUAAAGAAGAUAAUUUGAUGCAGCUGGCUAUUUUUUUUCUUUAUAUGUCUCACUAAGUCACCUUUCACCAAAAGUCAUUUGGUUCUAUUUUUGGUAGAAAGGCCAAUAAAUACCCAAUCAUUCAAUAAAUCUCACUCGAUCAAGUACAUAGAAUUAUUAAUGAAAACAAUGUGCACUAGAUUUCUGCUAAAUUAAAUCAAGGUGGAAAAUUAUAAAAGGAUCCGAAUUUUUCCCCCAGACAUGAUUAUUCUCCUUACCUGUGUAUGGAUAUUUAAUAAUGAUGGAUAAAUUGAAGUAUUUAUGUGAUAAAGCAAAUAAUAAUGCGAAAUGCUUUUCUGAUAUUAUCUGGUACCCUCCUGAUAUGCUGGAAACACAAUUCUUAGAAUUCGCCACCAGCCUGGAAAUUCAGAUAUAUCUAUCCUGAUAGUCAUUUGCAGUGAAUUUAGGGGAAUUUCUGGCUUCAGUUCGUUUUAACAGUAGCACAAGCUACUUUUUCUUUCUUCUCCAUUAAUAUACACCGGAUAAAAACCAGAUCUCUGUGUGAAAAUAUUUAUCAAUACUGUAAUAAAUAUCCUAUAAUUUCAAGUAUCCUAUUGCACUAGGCUCCAGUUGGAGAAACUCAGGUUUCUUGUAAAAUGUAAAGUAGUUCCUAUAAACCUUACGUCUGCCUAUUUCUAUUGUAUUGUAAAAGCAAUAUUCAUUAGUUCAGUUAGACGUCUCACAUGUACUGUACAAUAUAUAUGAUACACAGAACAAGGGAAAUGAAGAACCUUGAUGAAAAUCUGCCAAUAGCAACCAAGAGCCUAUUUUGCUUGACGGAUCUGCACUGAAGCUUGUACGCUGAUGAUACUGUUCUGAUUUAAUGCUGAUCAGAAACCCACUGACCCCCUUGAAAGCUCUAUGGAAUAAUAUAGAGCUAUAAUUGUUAGAAGCUCAAAUUUUCCUUUGAAAAUCAAAGAACACUGUACUCACCUUUAAACAAACGACAGGACAAUAUCGGUCCGUAACAAAACACACAACCAAAUUUACUUUCAUGGCAUAAAUACUGUAUCAGUUCCUGAUCCCUAACAGGAUAGAGCUACAUUUUGUUACAUGGAAUUAUGUGUGUAGAUUGGAAUUCAAUUAUUUGCCAGAUUGUGGCCUUUUUUAAAUUCCAAGCCCAGCAGCUUUAUUCACUAAGGGUUAUGAGAAUGGAAGUACAACAACAUAUAAAUGUUUGCAGGUUGUCCACCUUGUCUUACGAGGGUCUUGUGUUAGCGAUGUUGGUGUUUACAUUAGAACAUCCAAUAGUCAAAUUGCCGAAGGCUUGCAAAAACAUAGAUUUCUUUUAUCCCCAAUUACACAAUUUCAUUACAUAUUAUUUUUUAAAAAUAAGGAAAUUAAAUCUUUUUUAACAACGUUUUCAGAAUAAAGUAUGACCCUCUGUUUCUUACCACAAAACUGUAUUGGGGGGAAAAUAUGCAAUAAAUCCAAUUUAUAUUAUAUGACACUAUGCAUAAUUGAACACAAAUCUG